UAGUUAUUUCAAAUAGUCCUAGAUAGGUCAUUGUAGAAAUCUCGGACUUGAGUCGUUCCACUGCAGGGGGCCAAUCUGAGCGAGAUGAUGUACCUUCUGUCCUCGUUCCCGCCGGGACUGCAGACACUGCAGAGAGUGAAAUGGAGGUGGGCCAAUGCUGUGCAUUCUCAGAUCAGGCAGCUUCGCAGUCAGUGAGAUGGUCAAUCAACCAACAAUGUCCCGGGUUGUUGGUCGCCCGAUUCAGCAGCCCAAGUCUGCGUUCCACCAACUCGCAGGAGGUAUCGUCCUCGUCUCCUCGGUAGAGCGAAAGGGCCACAAGCGCCAGGGCACCUGCGAACUGUGUCUAGCGAGGCUAGGCCGGCUAGGCUCCAUGGCAGUGAUUCUCUGGCCCGCUGCAGCAGACGCCUCCAGGUUCAGACGGAGCUUCCAGUUGCUCACUUACCUUGGCCGGCAAGCACCUGGAUGGGGCGGUCACUUCUCAUCUUUUGCCAUCUCGAUCUGCCGAUUCAAAUGCGAGAUGGCGCGGGAAUGGAGGAGAACCCCCCACCCGCGUUCGCCUAGUGAAUCCUGCUGCUUGGGGAACAGCGAGACCAUAUUCGUAUGUACACGUGUACGGAGGUACAUACAGUACGAAGACCGGAUGGUUAGAUCGCCUUGUCCCAAACUGCCCACAUCCAUCCACGUACCGAGAUCGAGUAAACAUUGCCUGCACGGAGCUUAUCAUUGUGUAAUAUAUGCACAGUCGCCUUACGCCUGAAUGGGGUUGAUGCAUCGCAUAACAGGAGAUGUAGAGCAUCGUUGGGAAGUCAUUCCAAGGUUACACCGCG